AUGAGGCACCGCUUCGCAGCCAGGAAUCAGAAACAGGUGCUCAAACAGAACCCUGUGCAGGAAACGUUCGGCGCAGCGCUGUUCACAUCUGCCGCAAGCGCUGACUCACGCUCCCACACGGACGAACGAGCCCUAGUGACAACGCUGCGCUACGGGAAAGCAACCAGGCACAGAAAGCCGCCUAUUCGCCCAGCGAUCCCGCGUGCAGAAAGAAGAUAUAGAGUAGUGGCUUUGGAACGCUGCCGGUUGGAAACUUCGGGCCAACUGGCUUUUUACACCGCUUCCCGCCACAUCGCACCAUAUCCAGCCCUAUCCGACCGCAUCCAGCCGCACCCGACCGCAUCCAGCCGCGCCCGACCGCUUCCCGCAGCGCACGCCAGACCGAGGCCCGUCCGAGAAAGCGCAGCCGAGGCCCAGCAUGCCUGUGAGGAGGAGCCGUCGAGGGUCGUCCAGUGGCCAGAGCCGGGUCCGCUCCCGCACUGCCUGAGCCGAGUUGACGUUCUCCGUGAGCCACGUGGAGCGCCUCCUGCGGGAGGGCCGCUACUCGCAGCGCCUGGGCGCGUCCGCCCCGAUCUUCCUAGCGGCCGUCAUCCAGUCCCUGACGGCCAAGGUCCUGGAGCUGGCCGGCAUCGAGGCCCGGAACAGCGGCAGGAGGCUCAUCACCCCGGAUGUCGUGGACAUGGUGGUCCACAACCACCCGCUGCUCAGCGCCUUCUUCCAGUCCACCAUCAUCUCCCAGGUGGUCCGGGGCUGGAACUAGCUGUCCCACGCGACGUGGGGUCCGGCGGGCGCCAGGCCUACUCGUGGCCGGGGUGGGCCCCGGCCGGCCUGGUGCCUCAGGCAGUCACUGACAGCCAAUAAAGUGUUUGGAGAAACCCGUG